GCGACACUUCACCGGCCCUACGCACCCAAAGUUUGCUUUUGGCCCUCGGCCCCUCAAUUCGACGCUCAUGGCUGCAGCGAGCAUGGUUUGCGAGGCUGGCGUGGACACCUUCUUCUCACAGGACUUCUCCGCCCUCGAGGAGAGCCUUGCCGCCGGCACCUGGGAGGUGGAUGGGACAGACGAUGACCUGAAGCUCUACUGUGCAGAGGCGAAAGAGGCGGAUCCCGGCGCCGUCAUGGUGACUGAGGGCGGCUCUGCCGCGGUGUCGGAGUUGGUGCACCGUUUGCAGGAGGGCAAAGGAACGCAGGUCACACACCUCAGUAUGGAGCUUGUCUGUGAGGCCUUGGACUUGGACUCCAAUGGCACCUUCACCGUGGGCCUAGCCUUUGACGAAGAUCUGGAAGAGGCGGUGCUCUUGGCGGUGACGCUGCGGCGCCCCCGUCCGGAACCAAAGCUGCCGCGGGAGCCAGGUGAUCCUCCAGAGGAGCCUGAGAAGCCAAAGCCGAUUGCUCUCAACCUCAACGGGCAGGUGGCCCAGGAGGACGUGGGGAGCCUGCCGCUGCGCCUGCGCUUCGAGGCGGAGCUCUGCUGGCGCCAGCGGUCUGUAGAGCUCUGCUGGCAGCAGCAGCCGGGGCCGGACGGCGGUCCGCUGGGUGAGGUGGAGUCGACCUCCGCAAACUUCUACACCACCAAUGUGCCCUUCGACUUGGCCAAGGCGCUCUUCAUCCGCGCCACUGGUACCACCCGGGUCAGAAUGCUGUCUUUGAGGUGCAGCGAGGGUCCGACUGAGAGCUAGAAA